AUGUUGCUUGCUGAAUGGGAAAGCAUCGCAGAGCUUCCAACAGGCUUGGAAGGGUUUGCUUCUGUCUCAAUCCCAAAGAUGGGCAUCUUCAUCUUUGGCGGUGCAAAUGAAAAUAUGGAAGAGCAAAAUGAUCUCUUUCAGUACUCACCGACAAAUAAUGCGUGGACGAAACUCACCACCAGUGAAGCCCCAAUGGGCCGAAGCUGUUGCGGAAUGUCAUUUCAUGAAAAAGACGGAAAAACGUGCAUCUAUAUUUUCGGCGGUUUAAAUUCCGGCGUCGGAUGGCUCGGUGACAUCUGGAAAGGUCAACUGGAUCAAGGAAAAGUUACAUGGACUCAGAUAGAGGUUGAUCCUGUUGAUUUCACUCCCAGAGACAAAGUUGCCACAGUCAGAGGCGAAAACGAAUGCUUUAUUAUUGGCGGCUUCGGACCUGUUGAUUGCGCAGAAUCCGAAGAUGAACAGGACGCGGAUGAUGAGAUUAAACGCGAGAAAGAAGCUCAGGAGGCGCUCCAACUCGGCUGGUUCGACGAUGUCGUCCGACUUGAUUUCACAACUGAUAAAGUAGAGAUCCUUGCUUUCAAAGGCAUCGAAGGCGCCGCUGCCAAAGCCGCAUCAGGAGGCUUCAUGAACAAGAAAGGGGAAAUCAUCCUUUUCGGAGGAAAAGGGACAACAGGCAGAACAAAUGAAAUGUUCAUCUACGAUGUUGAAAACAAAAUGUGGGAAUGUGAAAAGCCUGGAGGAUUUUUACCCGCGCCAAGAUCAUUUUUCGCGUCUGCUUCGGUUGACAAUAAGUUUUAUGUCUUCGGAGGACAAGGUAAAAAUGACGAGCUUCUUGGUGGCCUUCAUCUUUUUACUAACGGCAAAUGGUCGAAAAUCGAAUCGAAUGGAAAAUCGCUCAAUCCGCGGCGACAAGCAAAGAUGGAGUUCUACGAUGGGGUGUUGUACCUCUUUGGUGGAACAGACAAACUCGAUACAGAGCAAGGAAUCGCCAGCGUUCUCAAGGAGUGCUGGAAAGCCGAAUUUGUUGAAGGAGAGGCAGAAGACGGGAAUGCGCUGCUCAGUGCGAUUGGACUCAAACGACGCGUUGAUGCGACUGAGGAACAAAUUUAG